GAGCUCCGUUUGAACGAAACUCCCGCCGCAGAGAAGUGUCAGGUUUCAUUUAGCUACAGUUAGCAUGAAGCUAGUCCUCCAUCACCACCAGCGGAGAGUUCUCAGAAACUGACCCGCUCCUGCUUUACACAUCAGCGGGCUUUUAUGGACAGACACCGCGGAGUUUAUACAGUUGUUUUAUCCGAUACGGCUCCUUUUGAAGCCGGGUACUUUAUUCUUUCUUUCUUUGGAUAACUUUUAAAAAGAAGUUAUCAUGGCAGAGGGAGCGGACUGCGGCUCACUCAACCCCGGGAAGAGGAGACAACCAGCCGGGAGGAAGAGCCGGCAGAGCCGGCAGAGCCAGCACAAGAAGCCGCCCAGCAGCCGGGUGAGUCUGGAGAAAGUUUUGGGUAUCGGCACAGCCAGCAGCAGCAGUUUGACCUCUGACCCCAACUCUGGCCUCAUUGCCUACCCUGCAGGGUGCGUCAUCGUGCUGCUUCACCCGAAGACGAACAAACAGAGUCACAUCACCAACACGUCCAGAAAACCCUUCAGUGCUCUGGCCUUCUCCCAUGAUGGAAAGUACCUGGUCACUGGAGAGAGCGGUCACAUGCCCUGUGUGCGGGUGUGGGAGGUGGAUGGCGGUCAGGUGGCCGAGGUUCAGUCUCACAAAUACGGAGUUUCCUGUGUGGCGUUCUCCACCAACAGCUGCUACAUCGUCUCCGUGGGAUACCAACAUGACAUGACUGUUAGCGUGUGGGACUGGAGGAAAGGUUCGGUCAUCGCCUCCAACAAAGUGUCCAGCAGAGUGUCGGCCGUCUCCUUCUCUCGGGACAACAGCUACUUCGUCACCGCAGGAAACAGACACGUCAAGUUCUGGUACCUGGACGCCUCCAAAGAACGCCGGGUGAACAGCACGGUGCCUCUGAUUGGUCGGUCGGGCUUGCUAGGCGACCACAAGAACAAUGUGUUCAGCGGGGUUGCGUGUGGGCGUGGCCCCAUGGCGUCCAGCACCUACUGCAUCACCAGCUCAGGCCUGCUGUGUCUGUUCAACAGCAGCCGACAGCUGGAGGCCUGGGUCAACCUCAAGACGUCGUCGGCGAGCUCUCUGGCGGUCAGCGCAGACUUUAUCUUCUGUGGUUGUGCCGACGGCGUCGUCAGAGUGUUCAGUCCAUCCAACCUGCAGUACAUCACCACGCUGCAGCGACCACACCGACUGGGCGUCGACCUCACGCAGAGCGUACAGCACGGCAGCCUGUCACCUGCCAGUCCAGGUGCUCAGUACCCCGACACGCUGGCCCUGACCUUUGACCCCGCUGCCAGACUCCUGACCUGUGUGUACAACGACCACAGUGUGUAUGUGUGGGACGUGAAAGACGUGAGGAACGUGGGGAAGCUGUACUCUGCGCUGUACCACAGCAGCUGUGUGUGGAGCGUCGAAGUGUACCCGGAGCUGUCAGAUGCGUCUCAGGCUUGUCUGCCGCCGUCCUCCUUCCUCACCUGUUCGUCAGAUAACACCAUCAGACUGUGGCACACGGACCCCCCCACCGGGCACAGAAACCUCUACAGCAACGACCUGCUGAGGAUUUUGUAUGUGGGGGAGAACACGGAGCACCUGCAGGCAGAGGGGGAGAGGGGGGAGGCCGCAGGGGCUGAUGGGAAGGCUGGGAUCAGAGUGCUGGGUAUCAGUCCUGAUGGACAACACCUGGCAGCAGGAGACCGCUGUGGAAACCUGCGAAUCUUUGGUUUAGAGUUUCUGGAUGAGCUGGUGAAGAUUGAGGCUCAUGACUCGGAGGUGUUGUGUCUGGAGUUCUCCCCCAUAUCCACAGGCGUGAAGCUGUUGGCGUCGGCCAGCAGGGAUCGACUAAUCCACAUCUUCAACCUGGAGCAGAACUACAGUCUGGAACAGACUCUGAACGACCACUCUGCCUCCAUCACUGCCGUCAAGUUCACAGGUGAGAGUCCUGAGGUCCGAAUGGUGAGCUGCGGGGCCGACAAAAGCAUCUACUUCCAGACAGCUGAACGGAUGCCGAUGGGUUUGUCGUUCUCCAGGAGUCACCACGUGGUGGAGAAGACCACGCUGUACGACAUGGACCUGGAUUCAUCGAGGACGCACGUCGCCAUCGCCUGUCAGGACCGAAACAUCAGGGUGUACAACGUGGAAACUGGUAAGCUGAAAAAGUGUUUGAAAGGCUCGUCCAGUGAUGAAGGAGCUCUGCUGAAGGUUCAGAUGGAUCCAUCGGGGUCGUUCUUCGCCACCAGCUGCUCUGAUAAAAACAUCACCGUCUUUGACUACGAGUCAGGAGAGUGUGUCGCCACCCUGUUUGGACACUCUGAGAUCGUCACCUGUAUGAGGUUCAGUCAGGACUGCAGACAUCUCAUCACUGUAUCAGGAGACAGUUGUGUGUUUGUGUGGAGGUUGGACUCUCAGAUGACCAGCACCAUGAGGAAGAGGCGUGGCCUCAAACGGCCCACCGCACCUGAAACCUGCAGCCGCAAACAGCAAAACAUCCGGAGGGAGACCUUCAUCACCGUACCCUCCUCUCAGCUGCCUCAGAUGGACGAAGAGGAGGCGGACCUCAGGACCCCAGACAGACCGGACUCCGCUCAGGACGCUCCGCUGCUUCAGACCAACGGAAAACUGCCCAUGUGGUUCAGAAAACUGCAGGGUCAGGGCGGAGCCUCCUCUGGCGUCCAAUCAGACGCCGAGCCUCGUCAGGUACGAAGUCGGUGGGCGGAGCAGCCGAACCCUCUGAGCAUCUCCUCCAUCAUCUCCCCGAGUCCCACCAACACUCAGGAGGAGGAGGCUGACCUCGGGACUCCAGCCAGACUGGACUCUGCUCACGACGCUCCGCUGCUUCAGACCAACGGAAAACUGCCCAUGUGGUUCAGAAAACUGCAGGGUCAGGGCGGAGCCUCCUCUGGCGUCCAAUCAGACGCCGAGCCUCGUCAGGUACGAAGUCGGUGGGCGGAGCAGCCGAACCCUCUGAGCAUCUGCGCCAUCAGCUCCCCGAGUCCCACCAAGAGUCAGGAGGAGGAGGAGGAGGAAGAGGACGAAGACUUCCACCCUCAGAGUCUGGAGAGUCUGCUGGGAGGGGAGGAGGAGGACGAGGAGGACGAGGAUGAAGAUGGAGAGGAGGAGAAGAAGGAGGUGCUGCAGGAUCCGGGUGAGGACGGGAGCACCUACAACACUAACAACGCGACCACGGACAGGGAGUUCGAUGUUGAGGCUGUGGCGGAACCCCGGCGGUCUCUGAGCCAGCUCGAGGUCAAAGGUCAGGGAGCAGAGCCGGUGUGGAGCACUCAGCUGAGUCCGGACUCCGCCUACUGCGAAGACUUGGCGGGAAGUCUGGAGCAGCAGCACGACGCCGACACAGACUCUCUCAGUCAGGGCAGCUCUGUGGGCAGUUUGUGUCUCGAGGACGACGAGGACAGAAACUCUCUGAAGAACCACUUCGAUACGCUGGCCUCCAGCCUGAACGACGAGAAGUUUGACACAGACCUGAGGAAUCUGCAGCCUCCGGAGGAAAAACCCUUCCUGAACUCUCGGCUCAGCAUCUCGACCCGCUUCCUGUCUCGAUUCCAGGAAAGAAUCAGGGCGUGGCCGAGCCGAGCUCCGCCUCCUGUCUCGAUCCCAACCAGGAUUUCAGAGGAGAGCAACGUCGGGAACACAUCGGUGAGCUCUGAGUCGAGCAACGACGUCACCUCAUCUGAGUCGAAAGAGAACAACAACGGUGGAGUGAGAUGCAGCCAGUCAGUCCGUCGUCAUAAAUCUUCCUGCACGACUUCCCAUCAGUCCCCUCGCCGCCCACUACGCAGACGUCACACCAUGGUGGUCGUCCAGUGCAGAGAAGCGCUGCGAGACGUCACCUCCAGGACUCUGUUGGCCCACAACAGCAGCCUUGCGUCUGCAGUCCAGCAUGGCGGCCCUCGGCUCGGAUACCUGGGAACCACCGCCAGCUCCAGGGCCAAAUUGAGCCAAGACACUCCCACCUCAACCGAGGACGAGGAUGAGGAGAAGAAGAAGAAUGUGUCUUGCUCCUCAGACCUCCAGCCUCCUGCCCCCCUGCUGUCUGCUGGUCUGGACCUGCACAGCACCAAAACUGAGCCCCAUCAGGACCAGACCAGCAGUGACGCUCUGUCCUCCCAGGAGUUUCAGCAUCACAUGAGCUUGGCCACGCCCACUGAGGUGAGGUCACUGGGCGAAGUCAGGGGGUUGAGCGUGAGCAGCGUCGAGGAGACGCUGACGAAUCUAAACCAAACGCUCAUCCUCAGCCCCACCCCCUCCAUCACACCCAGAGCCACGCCCUCCACGUGUGACAUCACCUGCGCCGCCAACAGACAGGAGGAAGGUUCAGGAGGAUCUGAGACCAGAAUCCAGAGUGAUCUAGACCCGUCUUUGGGAGCUGAGGUGUUCUUUGACCCGCCCACCUCUUCCUCUUCUCCCCUGUCAGAAACCCUCCGCCCCGUUCAGACAGGUUCAGGUGGUGUUGAGGAGUCGGUCAGUCUGCAGCAGUGCCAGCAGGUCGCCAACGAGCUGAGACAGACAGCGAGACGAGCCGUGCUGCUCUACCAACAGCUCAGCGAGUCGGCCGGCGGUUCGGAGCCGCGUCUUCAGAUGUCAUCCGUCCUGCAGGAGACGUUUGAUGUCGUUCACUCUGAGCUGCGGAAGGUGCUGCCGGCCGGAGACGGGCGGGGCAGCGGCGCCCUCUCUGGUGGACUGCAGGACGACGGGACGACGUCUCUGCUGGAGAAAUACUCUGAGCUGCUGGUUCAGAUGACCCAGAACAAACUGAACCGCAUCUGAACGGCACCAGUCGCUCUGCUGCCUUUUAGUACGGAGGCUGAAAGAGGACAAAGUUCACUUUAACAUCUGUGACUUUGAUUUUAAACACAUCAGUAUUAAUUACGCACUUUAUGUUUUUUUUAAUGGCAGCAAAAUGUUUUUGUUUUUUAAAUCACUGUUUGUACAUAAACUGUGGCUUCGCGUGUUUAAUAAAUGUUUAAAGUGUC